AUGCAGCAGCAACCAGUCCAGAAAGCCUGCAGCAGCAGCAGCAGCAGCAGCAGCAAAAAUGUCAAGGAUUCUGUUCAGCGCCAGACAGAGGCGGAGUUGGGGAGCUCUCCAGCGACAUCGGCCGGCUCUGCGACCAGCAGCACCAGGAGCAGCAGCAGCAGCAGGAGCAGCAGGGGCGACAGCAGCAGCAGCAGCAGCAGCAACAUAGAGCAGCUCUACUGGGCCCUCAAGCGCCUCCCCAGGAGCGCCUGGCCGCGCGCUAUGCAGCGGCUGCCGCCGCAGCAGAAGCAGCAGCUCAAAGAAUUUAUUUUGGAGCAAACGAGGCAGCAGCAGCAGCAGCCGCAGCAGCAGCAGCAGCAGCCGCCGCCGCAGCAGCAGCAAAAUGCCAAAUCCCAAGGUAGUGAAAAAGGAGAUGAGCAGGUGCUUCCAGCAAAGCUGUAUCAUCCGCCAGCUGCCGCUAGCUGCAACAGCAGCAGCAGCACAAGCAGCAACGCGCUCUGCAGCAGCAGCAGCAGCAGCGAGAUGGGCAGCAGCAGCAGCAGCAAUGGCGCCCCAGGAGGCACUGCAACAGGGGACGACAGGAACAGCAGCAACAGCAGUGCAGGCCAAAGCCAGCAGCUGCAGGAGCAACAGCAGCUACAGCAGCAGCAGCAAGAAGAGCAAAAGCAGAAGCAGCAGCAGCAGCAGCAGCAGCAAAAGCAGCAGCGGCGGCGACAGCGGCAGCAGGAUAGGCGGCGCGGGGGCCUCGAUUCUUUUUCGGUGGAGAGCGAACAUAUUCAAGUCCUAAACCCUAAACCCUAA